GGGAGGGAAGGCGGGAGCAUGUACUGAACGGGGCGGAAUACGGGCGCCGGGGGGCGGGGAGGGAAGGCGGGAGCAUGUACUGAACGGGGCGGAAUACGGGCGCCGGAGGAGGUGGCAGCGCGCUGCGCCGGGUGACGUGAGGGCGGAGCAGGGAAGACAGACACACGGUGGAAAAAGCGUGCGCGGCGCUUCUCUCCGCAGAGGUUUCGGUCCCCCACUCCUUCAUGGUGAAGUGCUCUCUGCUACACGAUACUGAUCAGUCCCGACCGAGAGCGCUGUCUGUCCGUGGCCGGGCGCGAUGUCGCAGGCGCUGGCGGAGGAGGUCCCGCAGGAGGAGGGCCAGGGCGGCUCCCGGAGGAGCGGCUGGGGGCUGCUGGUCACGGCCGCUGUGGGAGGCUCCUUGGUGGCCCUCUAUGCCGUGGCCACCCCCUUCGUGACCCCGGCCCUGAGGAAGGUGUGCCUGCCCUUCGUUCCUGCGACCGCCGCGCAGAUCCAGAAUGUGCUGAAAAUGUUGGAAAACAGAAGCGGCUCCCUAGUUGACAUUGGUAGCGGGGAUGGCCGCAUUGUGAUAGCAGCUGCAAAAAAGGGAUUCCAGGCUGUUGGUUAUGAGUUGAAUCCCUGGCUAGUCUGGUACUCCAGAUAUCGUGCUUGGAGAGAUGGAGUACAUCAGAACACCAGAUUUUAUAUUUCAGAUUUAUGGAAGGUUUCUUUUUCCCAUUAUAGAAAUGUUGUUGUUUUUGGAGUACCUCAAAUGAUGCCACAGCUGGAGAAGAAGCUGGAAGAAGAACUUGAAUGUAAUGCCAGAAUCAUUGCCUGUCGCUUUCCUUUCCCUUGCUGGACUCCAGAUCAUACCACUGGAGAGGGAAUAGACACUAAAUUUUUAGCUUUGACUGAACUUCUUGAACAUAAGAUUAAUGUGGGGAGAGCCCUGGCAUAUGAAGAUGUUUUCACUAUAAGAACUGAAGUACAGUGCUUGUCUGAAAGCACACAAAGGUUAUUGAAAGGUGCAGUUAAAUGGCUUAAUAUGGUGUCCUGGUUUAACCCCAUCCAGCAGUGAAGUACCACACAGAUGUUCACUCACCCCAGUCCCCAGACUCCUCUAGUAGGAUGGGAAAGAAAACUGAAAAAAAGGUGAUACCCAUGACCAUGGAUUGUGGUAGGAAUGGUUUAAUAAUUGAAAUAAAUUUACUAUUAAUAAUAACAACAACAAAAGAGGAGUAAAACUCAAGAAAGAUGAGUGAUGCACAAUACCCUUGCUCACCACCCACUGAUGGAUGCCCACUCCUCCACAGAGCAGUGACUGGUGUCUCCUUGCCAACUCUCCCCAGUUUAUAUACUGGACAUGAUGUCCUAUGGUGUGGAAUAUCCCUUUGGCCAGUUCAGCUUAGCUGUCCUGGCCAUGCUUCCUCCUGGCUUCUUGCACAGCUCCUUGUUGGCAGAGCAUAAGAAACUAAAAAGUCCUUGGCUUGGAGUAAGCACUGCUCAGCAUCCACUAAAACCAUGAGUGUGUUAUCAGCAUUUGUCUUUUCAAAUUCAAACCACAGUGCUGUAACAGCUAGUAGGAAGAAAAUUAACUCCCAGCUGAAAGCAGAAUAUGUAGUUAGUUAAAAUAAUGAAGAAGUUUUUAUAGAAGUGGAAAACUUCCAAUAUGGAAAAGGGGUUAGAACACCAUUCACUACAGUUGAGGGGAAUAUAUAUAUAAGUUCAAAUGCUCAGAUUUGUGAAUUUAAUGUAUACAUUCUUUCUGACCCUACAGAGCAUCUGGUAUUGGAGUUGGAAUGGUGUGCAAGUGGCUCCUCAAAUGAGCUGUAUUUCCAAAAUGUCUGAAUUGUGUAUGCCAAGUACUUAGUGCUGCAUACACAAAGUUGAUCCAGAUGGAGGAGGAUGAUGACACUGAUCUUUCACACCACAGGCUUGAAUGUGUACUUUUAAAAGUUGAGUAUGAAAAAAUGGGCAAAUAUAACAAGUUGUUUGUUCUUUAAUACAUGUGCUGCCUCUGAUUAUAUUAAUGUAUUCUUAUUUAGUUUGUGUUCUGUUUCAGCAUCAGCUGGAAAAAAAAACUCCAAGUAUGCUGCUUGCCCUCUCCUUUGCCUCUUUCAGUAAGGGAGAGGCAAAAGCAGAAAUUAGGGGUCGAGGUAGCAGUUUACUGAGCACAAAGCAAGAAUAAGACAUGGCACAGUAACAGCAGCAACAUUAAUAGCAAAAGGAUACAAAAAGAAGGUAUUUUACUGACAAAAAUGAGUGUUCCCCACUGGGGACAAGAAUAAUGGUGGAUGCUUCCCACAGAUUGUGUUAGUGUGGCUGCCUCAGACAAAGGCAGCAUGGUGGCUGGGCAGGCCAAAUGGCCAACUCCCAGUGGAGUACCAGGGUUUUCCGUCAGAAACCUUGCCCUCCACUGAUGGCAUGCAUGGUGUAGAAUAGCAGUCUGGUAUGGUGCUAAGCUCUGACCUCUCUCUGCAACCAGGAGAACUUGUUAAUUGGACACAAAACUGCAGAAGGAUGCUCUUACUGAGCUGUUAUUGUUGUAGGCUGUUGCAGAUGAUCAUAUUUUUUUCUAAUCUUUCUGAUUUAGGAAGGGUUUCAAGUCACUUCUCAGUGAAGUGCCACCAUUUCUGUAUGCUCAAACUUUGGAUAAAGAUACAGAUACAGAUGAGAGUUGCUCACUUGAGUACUUGAAAGCUGUCUCUGAUUCCAGAGAUAGUUGUUCUGGCUAGUUUGGCUAAAUCUGAUUAAACUUCAUUUUAUUUAUAGUGAGAUGAGAAGGAAGGUUUUCAGUCAGACUUGUUUUCCCUUUGAUUUUUCCAUACCAUCUGAUGAGCUCUCUAAAACUCAUGGUAUUGCUUUGUGACUUUUCCAUGUAAGUGAAGGAAGUUCUCCCUGUCCUUUUGCUGAUACUGAUUUACAGUGGGGUACUGUCACUGCAUUGAUGUUUUCCUUUCCUGCCAUAGUUACAACACCUUUCUGUUGUAUAAUGGUCUGCUUACUUGGGUUUUUUUUGGUUUUUUUUUUUUUUUUUGUUUUUUGGUGUUUUUUUGUCUGGUUCUCAGGUAAAGUUUUACUGUUUUCAAUCAUUAGCAGUUAGUCAAAGUUCACAGUCAGCCUCCCCUGGCCCCAGUUAACAUACAGCCUGUUUGUUAAGCAGUAACUAUGAAAGUUACUUUGAUGAAACAUCUUUGCAUAUGUUACUCACAGAAUGAAGCUAAAACAAGCUGGGCAAUUGUCACCUGACUUCAAGGUAGUAUCACAACUAAAAUUAGCUCAGUCCAAGAGAAGUGCUGAGACCCUACAAUUGGAGGUAAAAACAAAGUCUGACAUUUUAUCAAGUGCUGGGAAAGCAAAUUUGGCUGGUCAUUAGAAUCUGACUUGAGAAGUCGGGUGCUGUUUGGGAUGUGUAGUCUACAAUCAUGCCUAUACCCAUGCUUUUUGGUUUUGAUGUGAGGGGACAGGAAGAAGUUAAAAUAUAAACCUACACUGAGGAUUUGAAAUGGAGCAUGGCUUUGUCCUGAAAAUGUACACAAAGCAGGAGAUGAGAGAGGCAAAUGUAUCUGUAGUGUGCAAAGGAGAGGUGAUUUCAGCCUUGCAUGGCAAGACACAACUGUGAACAUGGAGGCUGUGUGUACUGAAGAGCACCAGUGUCUGGUAAGCAGUCUGACAGCAUUUCGCUGCAAGAAUGCAUAAAGCAUUUUGUAAAGCUGCACUAAAUCAUUUCUAAAAUGAUUUAAAUGUUACAGUCAUUACACAGAGAUAAAGUGACAGGACAGGGAUAGAGUGGCUUAUCUGAAGUGCUGGAAUUUAAUAUCCCAAGGCCAUAAAACUGGAACCACAAAGUAACUCUGAAGUUAUUUCUAACGAAAAGAGACUAACAAAGGGGAAAUUAGCUAAUUAAGCAACGUUCUUCCCUGAAUGAUCAUAAAGGAAAAGAUGAAGCAAACUAUUUUGAUCUGUUGAAUUGUGUGUGACUCAUCUGCAGUGCAGUGCUCUGACCCAGGUUUCUUCAAUCUGAUUUCACUAAAUUUAGUUUACAGGGAGUGAAACAGUUAUUUACUUUUCUCUUGUAUUUGACUAUAUGCUUUUCUAUUGCAUUAACCUUUGCCUGUUAAAAGGGAAAACUGAAUUUCUCAUUUUUGCCUGUGGUAAAUGUUUUGGGAUGUGUACUUCCUAGCUACCACCUAUUGCUCCAGGAAUACUUUUUGAGGAGGGUACAAUAGAAUUAAUUAUAUGAUGACCUGAGCUUUAGGAGUGCUAAAUGCUGUCCUCCAGGCAAGGAGAGAUUUAUGAUUAUUUUAAAGUAAAUCAGAGGGCUGUUUCUUGCUCUGGCUAUUUACUUUUGGGAGCCUACACAGAAUUGGGCAGUAGUCUGAAGGUUUGGGAUGCCUUAUUGUAUAAGGAAAUGUGCUGUAUUUCCUGUUUCUGUGUCUUAAGUGUCAAAUGGAAAGCAAGGUGUUCUAAUUUACACAGGAGGACUAGGAAAUAGUUUUAUUGACAUAUUACCAUUUUCUAUCACUUGCCAUGUUCAUUUGAUGAUUUUCAAGAUUAAAUACUUAACUGUAACUUUGGGUAUCACCGUAUGGAUUAUUAUGUUGAUACGCUUCCAAUUGCUGAGGUAAUGUAUUAUGAUUUUGUUGAUAUACUUCAGAAUAAAAAACUGUUUCUUCUGAAAACCAGGAAAGAGAAUUACCAUAAUCAAAUUGUAGUGUAGGUCUGAAGCCAAAAGGAGGAAACAUUCAAGAUACACAUGCUGUUAAAUACCAAAGUAAUUUAGAUACACGGAAAAAACCUAUAGUUUAUCUUUCUUUGUGUCUUUUAGUAGUAUCACUUGCCUUUUGGGAGUUGUGUUAUUUUUCCCUUGCCCUGCCAGAUUUUAGCAAAAAAAAAAAAAGUGUAACAUUACUGAAUGACUAAUGCUUUCCUGAAAUACUGUAGGUUUUAAUUUGUUUGCAAAUAGUAAAGGUCAGGGUCAUACUUACAAAUGUUUUCUUUGUUCUUUCCCCCCUCCUUUUUUUUGGUGUUUUUUCUUGGUUUUUUUUUUUUUUUUUUUUUUUUUUUUUUUUUUUUUUUUGUAGUGAGACACAUUAUGUCUGUACAGGUUUUGUAAUGCAAGAUUAAUUGAACAAAUGCAGCAUCUUAGUGUUGCAAUUCUAAUGUUGUAGUUUUCCAUUUCCAUUUUGCAGAAAUUGGCAUUGUAGAGAGAAGGAGGAGGGUAUGGCUGUAAAACAGCCAUGUGAUUGGCAGCUUGCUCAGUAAACUGCACAGUCACUAGAGCCACACAGCAGUGUCAAGCAAACUUGACCAGAUUUGUUUGGGAAAUCUACACAUUUUGUGAGUUUUAGGCAUUUCUGAAUUACCAAGCAUAUUGAAGUUUUUGGUUUAUCCUCUGAUCUGAUUAUAUGCUGGUACUUAAUGUAGUGCUGCUCCAAGGAAGUCCUCUGUCUCUGAGCUGCUGUUUGUUUCUGAUUAAUGAGUUGUAGCCAGGGAAGAAGAUACAGAAUCCAGUUUCAAAUUAAGCACCACACAAACCAAUUGAGUGAAUAUGGUCUGUGAAAAAGGAGUUCUAAAUCCCAGGCUUUGGGAAGUCUUUCACCUUUUAUGAAGGACACAGCUCAGAAAGCAGCAGAGAUCUGUAACUGAAUUUCUUAGAGAUCGUGGGCAUGAUGUGCUGUGGAAUGAGAUUUGAGCUAUCCCAAACUGGGCCUCAGAUUUGGGCCUGCUAGGCCUCAGAUUUUGGCCUGUGUAGAAGUAGAUAAGUUUUGUGGCACAGUUAGAAAUUAGGUGUGGGCAUAGACUGUAUAGGGCAAUUAGAGUGAAGAUACGGUAGCUGCCUUAAACUGAGAUAGUUUACAUACUUGUUCACGCUGAAUGCCAAUAAGAAUGCACCUGUAACUGUAAAUUAUUUUGCACUGUAUAAAACCAGCCAUUUCAUGAAUAAAGAGGAGAAUGUAUGUUUUAA